GUUUUCUUCUUCUUCUUCUUCCUCUUUGUCUUUUCCUUUAACUCUCCUUCUUCUUCUUCCUGAACCAAAACUCCAUCGAAUCUCUCUAAAUUCCCCACCUAAUCCGCGUUUUCGAAACAGAGGGUCUUAGAGUUUGUCGAUUAUCGAUGGAACCUCCUCGUAUCGGGAGUAAGUUCCGGCUUGGCCGGAAAAUUGGGAGCGGCUCAUUCGGAGAGAUUUAUCUUGGAACCGAUGUUCAGACUAACGAAGAGGUCGCUAUUAAGCUUGAAAGUGUGAAGACUGCGCAUCCUCAAUUGUCAUAUGAGUCGAGGAUAUAUAGAGUUCUACAGGGUGGAACUGGGAUUCCAAACAUGAAAUGGUAUGGUGUUGAAGGGGAUUACAAUGUUUUGGUGAUGGAUUUGCUUGGUCCAAGCCUUGAAGAUCUCUUUAGCUAUUGCAACAGGAAGUUUACCUUGAAGACGGUUCUCAUGCUAGCUGAUCAAAUGAUUAAUCGUCUCGAGUUCAUCCACUCUAAGUCGUAUCUUCACCGUGAUAUAAAGCCUGAUAAUUUUCUCAUGGGUCUUGGAAGGCGGGCAAAUCAGGUCUAUAUCAUAGACUUUGGCUUGGCUAAGAAAUAUAGAGACAGCUCAACACACAGACAUAUCCCAUACAGGGAGAAUAAAAGUCUAACUGGGACUCCGAGGUAUGCCAGCUUGAACACUCACCUAGGGAUCGAGCAAAGUCGGAGGGAUGAUUUAGAAUCACUUGGUUAUAUCCUCAUGUACUUCCUCAUGGGAAGUCUCCCAUGGCAGGGACUGAAAGCUGGGAACAAGAAACAGAAAUACGAUAAGAUUAGUGAAAAGAAGGUUUCUACGUCCAUCGAAGCGUUAUGCAGAGGUCAUCCAACAGAGUUUGCAUCCUACUUUCAUUACUGCCGCUCACUUAGGUUUGAUGAUAAACCAGACUAUGCAUACUUGAAGAGACUAUUCCGCAACCUUUUCAUUCGUGAAGGUUUUCAGUUUGAUUUUGUGUUUGACUGGACGGUAUUGAAGUAUCAGCAAUCACAACCUGGAAACCCUUCACCUCGUGCCAAUGAUGGUGGUGUUGGAACUAGUUCUGGAUUAAACCCUGUGGCCGGAAAUGCUGAGAAGCGUCCAGAUUUCCCGAAUCAGAGAACAAAACCGGAUUUUACCCUGAAGCAGAAGGCCAAGAACGUAAACGAAUCUGCAAUUGCAAAGGACACGCUGAAGGAUCAUCAUCAAGACGAGUUGUGGACUCGAGUAGUCGUGAACCGUUCAGUGGUGGGAGUGACAGUGCAAACUAUGACUCUGCACUCAAAGGCAUUGAUGGCUUGCGGAUCAAUAACAGUGCAGGUGGUGAGACUGCAGCAUCGCCACAGUCAAAUGGAGACGAUACUACUUCUGCUGCUCGUGUAGAACCCAAAGCAAAGCUCUCAGACUGAUUCAUAUACAUGAAAAGCUUUAAGACAAAAGCGGUAUUCACUUUUGUUCCUUGCCUCAACCUUCUAGAGAGUUUAUAGGUUGUCUAUGAUUCUUAUGAAGAAAGGCUUUUUUUUUUACAAUUAGAGAUUUGAUAUCAGAGAGCGAGAGAGAGAUUUAUUUCUUACAUAUGGUUCUUCAAAUAUUCAUUCGUCUCCUGACUCCUCCAUUGUAUAGAGAAAACCUUUGGAAUUUCAACAUCAUUCUCUAAGAUAACCUUUUAGCCCGA